AUGUACUCCCGGCAGGACCUAAUCACCCCAACCCAAUCCCUCCUCAAAGCCUUCGCAACAGGCGCAGACCUUCCAACUCUCCUCUCAACAUUCACCACGUCUCCACCGCCACAGGCCCACGAACACGGGUUACAAUCUCUCGCGCCCUUCCUGGGCCGUACAUUUACGGGGCGUGAUGGAAUAACAAACUACUUUAAUAUCCUCAACGAGCUGCUUGGAAUUGAGUCUAUGGACUUUGAUGACGAGAAAGAGUGGGUUGUUGAUGCGGAGAAUCUGACUGUGGCUUUGAGGGGAAAGGCAAGGUUCGUGGCGAAGGAGACGGGCGAGAAGUGGGAUGAGACAUUUGCGUAUCGGAUAUCUUUGGCGGAGGACGAGGGUGAAAAGGGGCGUGGUGGGGGGUUGAGAGUGCGAGUGUAUGAAGUUUGGGCGGAUACGGGGGCAGCAUAUUUGGCUAGGAAAGGGCAGUUGAACAAGGUACAUGGUGAUGGGGAAUGA